UUGAGAUUAUAUUGUUAUCGUGCAAAUUGUAAUGUAUGGUAGGCUAUAUUGAUUCUGUAAACAAUAUAAACUUAUUUAUCGGAUAUGUCUACAAAUGUUGCAAUGCGUAGGCUGUCAACAUUAGACUAGGUGAGACAAUGUUAGGAAGAAAUAUCAUACGCUCUGUCUCGAGCCUGCAGCGCUCUGUUGGCUUGGUGCGUUGUCCUUUCUCCGAUAACCAUGUUAAAGGAAAUGUUAACCAUGCGUUAUCAGACCGAUUGCGAAAAUAAAACAUUGAUUGCUCUCUGAUGGACAGACAUAUUUAUUUUUUUACACAAAUAACUUAGCCUAGACUUCAAACUUUACGUGUUUUUGCGUAUAUUUCAAUUUAGUUUACAAAUACAUUUAUAAUGCAAUGCAUUGAUAGGUGAGGUCAAAAUGAAACUAAAUCAAUAGUUUUUUUUAGAACGUUAACAACUAAUUCGAAUGUUCUACCCUGUUCAUAAUUUGAUGUAAUAAUUGUGUUAUGCAGUUUGAUUUACAGUCUUUUUGUAGUUGCGCGUAGGCUAUUUGACUUCAGAGCCCACUCCGCUCUAUAUCCUCAUUUCGCAGACAGAGAGAAAAGAGAAAGAAUGUUGUCCCUUGCAAUGUGUAGACCUAUGUGUUUCUAACUUGUAUCUAGUCUAACUUGUAUCUAGUCAGACACACUAAUGGUGCGCAGGUCAGCUGUUUGUUCACCAGCACCCACCCGCAAUUGCUAAUAACCCAUCUGCAACCGCCUGACUAGGCCUAUACAGUGUAUUUGAAAAGUAUUCAGAACCCAUUGAUUUCCACAUAUUGUUAUGUUACAGCCUUCUUCUAAAAUGUAUUAAAUCGUUUUUUUUCUCAUCAAUCUACACACAAUACCCAUAAUACCAAAGUGAAAGCAGGUUUUUAGAAAUGUUGAAAUGCAAACUGAAAAUAAACAUUUACAUAAGUAUACAGUUCCCUUUACUCAGUACUUCUUGAAGCACUGUUGGGAGCGAUUACAGCCUUGAGUCUUCUUGAGUAUGACCCUACAAGCUUGGCACACCUGUAUUUGGGGAGUUUCUCCCAUUCUUCUCUGCAGAUCCUCUCAAGCUCUGCCAGGUUGGAUGGGGAGCGUCGCUGCACAGCUAUGUUCAGGUCUCUCCAGAAAUGUUAUAUCGGGUCCAAGUCUGGGCUCUGGUUGGGACACUCAAGGACAUUCAGAGACUUGUCCCAAAGCCACUCAUGCGUGUGUGGCCGUGUGCUUAGGGUCAUUGUUCUGUUGGAAGGUGAACCUUCGCCCCAGUCUGUCCUGAGUGCUCAGGAGCAGGUUUUCAUCAAGGAACUCUCUGUACUUUGGUCUGUUCAUCUGUCCCCUGAUCCUAACUAGUCUCCCAAUCCCUGCCACUGAAAAACAUCCCCACAGCAUGAUGCUGCGACCACCGUGCUUCACCAUAGGGAUGGUGCCAGGUUUCCUCCAGAUGUGACGCUUGGCAUUCAGGCUAAAGAGUUAAAUCUUGGUUUCAUCAGACCAGAGAAUCUUGUUUAUCAUGGUCUGAGAGUCCUUUAGGUGCCUUUUGGCAAACUCCAAGCGGGCUGUCAUGUGCCUUUUACUGAGGAGUGGCUUCCGUCUGGCCACUCUACUAUAAAGGCCUGAUUGGUGGAGUGCUGCAGAGAUGGUUGUCCUUCUGGAAGGUUCUCCUAUCUCCACGGAUUAACUCUGGAGCUCUGUUAGAGUGACCAUUGGGUUUUUGUUCCCCUCCCUGACAAAGGCCCUCCUCCCCCGAUUGCUCAGUUUGGCCGGGUGGCCAGCUCUAGGAAGAGUCUUGGUGGUUCCAAACUUCUUCAAUUUAAGAAUUAUGGCGGCCACUGUGUUCUUGGGGACCUUCAAUGCUGCAGAACAUUUUUAGUACCCUACAUUUCUAAUACCCUCGACACAAGCCUGUCUCCGAGCUCUACGGACAAUUCCUUUGACCUCAUGCCUUGGUUUUUGCUAUGACAUGCACUGUCAACUGUUAGACCUUAUAUAUACAUACACAUGUGUGCCUUUCCAAAUCAUGUCCAAUCAAUUGAAUGUAACACAGAUGGACUCCAAUCAAGUUGUAGAAACAUCUCAAGGAUGUUCAAUGGAAACGGGUAACUGCGCUCAGUUUCGAGUCUCAUAGCAAAGUGUUUGAAUACUAUUUCUGGUAUUUCUGUGUUUUUUCUUUUUAAUAAAUGUGCUAAAAUGUCUAAAAACCUGUUUUUGAUUUGUUAUUAUGGGGUCUUGUGUGUAGAUUGAUUAUAUAUAUAUUUUGUUAAUACAUUUUAGAGUAAGGCUGCAUCGUAACAAAAUGUGGAAAAAGUCAAGGGGUCUGAAUACUUUCUGAAUGCACUGUAUGUGAUAAAGUGAAAAUUGGAGGAUUUUCCCUAAUUUAGAUGUUUCUGCUUAUAAUCUCUGACAUUUUUGGAGGCUAUUUGUUAGUCAACUUGUCUACAAUUAGAUACAUACAGGUUCUCUUCUGUCAUAUGUUGCCAUAGAAAACUAAAUGAACCCUUGUUCACCAGAAUAAUGUCAUAAAUUAUAGAAUUAAUGCUUCAAUUUAGUUGACAUCAGUUAAGUUUUCUCUGUGGUCUGCUUAUUUCGGGGAGCAAAGACGUUUAGGGAUUGGAGAGAAAAUGCAAUAGGUUAUAGACCUACAGUCAGUUUCCAUUUAACCCAUCUGAACAGUAGGCUACAGUUCACUUGCCAUGCCAUAGGCCUAUUUGAAGUCGUGUCUUGUGACUGUCUAAUUUGCACAAUGCCUCACAAUCAUCACACAUAACAUACACUCUUAGAAUUUGUAUGACAUUUUUUAACACAUCCUUAUGUCUAGCUUUGGACGGUAUGUGUUACUUUAAACACAAUCACUGUGAUUUGUGUACAUUUCAUGUACAUUUUUCAACACAAUUUGUGUCAAUUCCUGCAAAUAAUGUGUUAAAAGCUGAAAAACAUACAACACACCCUAGAUGUUAUAUUAUUGACCAAUCGAAUUGUGGAUCCGAAGUCAUCAUGCAUCUACGCUGUGGCCUCACACCCUGGCCUUCAGACAUCUUGAAAAGGGAAGUGACAACUGACAACCUGCAGUGGGCCUCAGCCUGCCAGCACAAGAAAUAUGAAACAUGAAACAAGAUGAACCACCGUGUGACCUCAAUCAUCCUGUGACAUCACACCGACACUGAGACAUCAAACCAACACUGAGACGGUCAGGUGGGUGGAAGGACACCGAGCAGGGGCUAUGAACUCAAACAGCACAGCUUUGCUCUGAGGAGGAAUCAAGUGCCUUGUAGAUGAUCUGGAUUUCAUUUAGCUUCCUGCUACUACAGUCAAAUAAUAAGAGGCAUUCUUCUUUGUCAUCCUGGUUUGUGUUGCAGUACACAAAAACAGCCAGUUACAUCAAAGGGUUACAAGCACCGUUUCACUUGUUUAUGCAAGAGGAUAAUAAUUGAGCACAUUCUCUCCCUUCUCCUGAAACUAUAAGCACCUAGCCUUGUGAAACCAGCCUAUUCUCGUGAUUGCUCGUGAUUGCUACUAUAAAGGACCCAUAAUAACAAUCCAUAACAAAAUGGAGACUCGAUCUCUCUCGCAGGACUCCAUCUUGGAGUGUCAGAUCUGUUUUAACUACUACAGCCCGCGAAGGAGGCCCAAGCUGCUGGACUGCAGACACACGUGCUGCUCUGUGUGCCUGACCCAGAUGCGGUCCAGCCAGAAAGAGAUCCGCUGCCCCUGGUGCCGUGGCGUCACCAAACUCCCCGCCGGCCUCUCCGUCUCCCAGCUCCCCGAUGACCCUGACAUCAUUACCGUCAUCACCAUCCCGCACGCCUCCGAGCACACGCCCGUCUUCAUCCGCCUGCCUAGCAAUGGCUGCUACAUGCUGCCCCUGCCCGCCGCUAAGGAGAGGGCGCUGCUGCCUGGCGAACUGGGCUGCCGGUUCCUGCCAGGUGGCAGCGGGCAGCAGAAGGUGGAUGUGGCGGUGGUGGCCAUGCCUGAGCUGCAGCCCCUGGGGAUGACUCUCGACGGCCUGGAGGAGGCAGAGAGGAGGGGAGCCGGGGGAGGAGGUGGUGGAGGGGGGAAGGGCUCCACGUGGUCCGGGGUAUGUACAGUGAUCCUGGUAGCCUGUGUCCUGCUCUUUCUCCUGGGUAUCGUGCUCCACAACAUGUCCUGCAUCUCCAAACGUUUUACUGUCAUCUCCUGUGGCUGAGGGGAGGGGCCAGACAUUAUGUCAAUCACCAUGUUUCCUCCCACUCCCCCCUGCUGUAGCUCCACCACCCUCCUCAGCCUGGAUUAUGAUGAGGAUAAAGGAUUUUAUACCUAUCAUAGAUGGUCAAGAAAACAACAAACAGACCGAGACAGAGAGAGAGGGGGUUGCUACAAAUAAACUGGGGACUGAAACUCAUUUUCUCCUAUUAUUGAUUUGGAGAUAUUCUGAAGACACAAAACACACACCCCUCUACUCCCCAAACCCAAUUACACUGCCC